GCUUUUCCGCCCCUCGUCAACGGCCGUUGUAGUAUCUCGCGCCGAUCCACCGGCUCCGGCUCGCCGGCCGGCCGGCCGUCUUGGGGGAGCUACAGUGGCUUGCGCAUGCUGUCCCCACGAGCAGAGCAAUCGAUACUCGCCUGACUAUGACACGCACCGACCCGGCAGGCCUCCAGGGGCAUAAACGUCCACUCCCUCAACCGUCACCACGACGGUGGGCAUCGACGACCACGGCCGCCCACUUGCGUCGCCGUCGCGGAAGCGCUCCGCGCGCCGCCAAAACAAACGCGUCCUGUGCCCAGGGCCGGAAUCACAAGAAGAUCCCGAGGGCUUCUCAUCUGAGGGCCCAGGCUUCCCAGCGUCCUCUAGACCGCACAGCAACCCCAAGUCCCAACUACUAAUCGAGCACCUACUGUUGCUGCCAGGGAGCUCAACGACUCGGCCAUUCGGGACCAAAUUUAUCUUCUGCCGUUGCUCCUUCCUCGCGGGAUCGAGCUCCGCCCCGUGGAGCAGGCGAGCCAGGCUGGCGGUGCUGGUGGUUGGUUUACAUAGGGAUGGGAGUCGAGAUCCAUCCGGAUUCGUCAUUUCAGUUCCUCUGCUUUGCUGUUUUAAACUUGUAGACCGUCGAGGAAGAAGACUUGGGAAUGCUGAAAAAUGUGCUUGCAAAGCAGCAGGAAAAUCUUUUGCGCAAACAAGAUUCGACCUCUGUUCAAGCAGAUAUUGUUGGCUUCUCAUGAGCAUGGGCUUCAUGCUGAUACUGUUCUUCUUUUCAGUGAUUUAAAGCACAGUAGAUUGAAGGCCUUUAUAUUUGUUGGCCAUCACCGUGGAGACGACGGUUAAAAUCGUCUACAUUCUUUCAUUUCAUAAGUGGUGUGGUGCUUCUGCUUCAUUAUACCGUCGUUGCAUAGUUUGAUACGAUGGAUGGGAGGAGGACAAUUUUGAUGGGACGUUAUGAAAUCGGUAAACAGCUGGGACAAGGAACCUUUGCAAAGGUCUUUUAUGCUCGUAAUCUUACUACUAACCAAGCUGUUGCCAUAAAGAUGAUUAACAAGGACAAGGUCAUGAAGGUUGGGCUCAUGGAGCAGAUAAAGAGGGAGAUUUCAAUAAUGAGGUUAGUGAAGCAUCCAAAUGUUCUUCAGCUUUUUGAGGUUAUGGCUAGCAAGAGCAAGAUUUAUUUUGUUUUGGAGUACGCUAAAGGUGGUGAGCUUUUCAACAAAAUUGCUAAGGGGGGAAAGCUCAGUGAGGAUGCUGCGAGGAAAUAUUUCCACCAAUUGAUCAGUGCUGUUGAUUAUUGUCACAGUCGAGGUGUCUAUCACCGUGACUUGAAGCCUGAAAACCUUCUACUUGAUGAGAAUGAAAACCUUAAAGUCUCAGAUUUUGGUCUAAGUGCUCUAGCUGAGUCCAAGAGGCAAGAUGGUCUCCUGCAUACUACAUGUGGAACUCCAGCUUAUGUUGCUCCUGAAGUGCUGAGCAGAAAAGGUUAUGAUGGUGCGAAGGCAGAUAUAUGGUCUUGUGGAGUAAUUCUUUUUGUGCUUGUGGCUGGUUACCUUCCUUUCCAUGACACAAAUUUGAUGGAGAUGUACAGGAAGAUUUCCAGAGCCGAGUUUAGAUGCCCUCGUAUUUUCUCAACUGAGCUGAAGGAUCUGCUAUAUAAAAUCCUCGAUCCAGAUCCAAGCACUAGAAUUUCUAUCGCGAGGAUAAAGAGGAGUGCUUGGUACAGAAAACCGGUUGAAGUACAUGCAAAGGAAAAUGAGGCCGAAACAAGUGAGAAUACUUGUACAGGCGAAGGUCCAACUUCUGGCUCAACAGAGUGCAGUACGUCCGAGGGAAAUCAAGGGCCAUUAAGCCUCCCAAACUUGAAUGCAUUUGACAUCAUCUCUCUCUCAACAGGUUUUAAUCUCUCUGGGUUUUUUGAGGAUAAGUAUGGUCGCAGGGAAGAGAGAUUUACUACCAGGCAGCCUGUAGCAACAGUAUUUACAAAGCUGAAGGAGCUCUCCAAACGCUUAAAGCUAAUGGUCAAGAAGAAAGAAAAUGGGAUCUUGAAGUUGGCAGCUCCAAAGGAAGGAAAGAAGGGUGUGCUUGAGCUCGAUGCUGAGAUUUUUGAGGUUGCCCCUUCUUUGCUCUUAGUUGAGUUGAAGAAGACCAACGGGGACACCGUGGAGUAUCAAAAGCUAGUGAAAGAGGAGAUAAGGCCAGCACUGAAGGAUAUUGUUUGGGUUUGGCAAGAUGAUCAACACCAGCACUCACAACCACCACAGUCUCUAUUGUCACCACCACAGCCACAGGAUGAGUUGCGACCAUUGUUGCCUCAGCAAGAGGGGCAAGACUUGUUAGAAGCCCCAUUGCCAUCACUACCGCUUGACCAGUUGAAAUCACCAACUGCCCCAGAGCAAGCAGAGCAGCUGCCACAACAAGAACAGUUGGAACAGUUGCAGACGCCAAUCUUUCCAGAGGAACAAAAUAACUAGCUCUAACAGCCAGCUGGUAAUUCAUAUGCCCCUCUCAGCCAUAGUUCAUAGUUCUAUUCUGGUUUUCACUCUUUGUUCUGGCUUUUCUAUUUGUUCUGGAAUUGUAAAGCUGUAUGUCUGUAUGUACUGCAGAAAUGCCAUGUAUUUCAGUUUGAAAUGAUAGAAUAUAUCAUACACCUUUUUUGAUGUUAAACCAAAAUUUUGGAAAGAAUAAUAUUCAUUGACAAGCA